AUGGACUCUCUACGCAGGACUGGCUGGAUAUUCGAUGCUCCCUUGUCUUCAGCACCGUGGUAUCACUUUUACGAACUCUAUGAUUUUUCGGUCAUCAACUGGCCUGCUUUUGUCAAUACUACUCCAGCAAUACUUGCACUGGUGUUCUUCGGGUUACUCCACGUGCCUAUCAAUGUCCCAGCGCUAGGUAUCUCGACUGGCGAAGAUAAUCUGGAUGUUGAUCGUGAGCUGAUAGCGCACGGCAUCGCUAACACUCUUUCCGGCUUUGCGGGCAGUGUCCAGAACUACCUUGUGUAUUCCAACAGCUUACUCUUCAUUGAAGCUGGCGGGUCCCGCCUAGCUGGUGUGGUGCUCGCAGGAGCGACUACUGUGGUCAUGCUAAUUGGUCCUGCUAUGGUGAGAUUUAUCCCCGUCAUGAUCGUGGGUGCACCCGUCAUUCUACUAGGCCUGGAAUUAUUGCAGGAGGCCCUAAUCAACACGUGGGGAAAGCUGCGCCCACAUGAAUAUUUGACUGUAAUUAUUAUAAUCGCCACUAUGGGUAUUUAUGAUUUUGUCACCGGUAUCUUAACUGGCCUUGUUCUGGCCUGUUUAGACUUUGUCGUGCAAACAUCGCGGAACUCUGCUAUCCAGGAAAUAUCCUCGGGGGACUCCGCUGGUUCUACCAUUCACCAACCUUUUGUUCAACGCCAGUCCUUAGAAGAGGCAGGAAAGCAAACUCUGGUCCUUAGACUUGGGGGCCACUUGUUUUUCGGGACGAUUGUGGAAGUUGAGAGUACAGUGCGCGGGUUUAUUGUUGGGGAGGCAUUUGAUCGCCACCUGAUUCGGUUUAUAAUCUUGGAUUUUUCACGCAUCGACAGUGUUGACUUUUCAGCAGCAGAGGCCUUUGUUCGCAUUGGCCGAGUCCUGAAGUCGAGGAAUGUACAGCUGAUCAUACUUGGACUUGAUGUUGAAGGUGAUAUUGGGAACCGUCUUCGCAACGUGGGGCUUUUCAAACCAGAACUGGGGGCUCAAAUAUUUGAGCGCCUAGAUUUGGCACUCCAAUACUGCGAAUAUGAGUACCUGAAGACUUUAGACACCUACCAAGUACCGCUGGAAAGAGGCGUAUCGCAACAUCAAUCCUAG